AUGGUGAGCGACCUACGGCGCAGCUUCGUGGGCUGGCUGAAAAAAGCCGAGCUCGAGCUGAAGCAGCACCGUAGCGACGUCAGGCGAGGGCGGCAAGCUUUCGAGGAGGAGAAGCUCUCAGUAUGGCAGCAGUUUGUAGCGGAGAAGCAGCGCGAGGUUGAGAAGAUUCGAGAGGACCGGCGGCAUGCAGAAGAUGAGAUGGCGACGCAGCUGAGGCAGGUACAGGCGGACAUCGAGGAAUCCAGGCAGCGCAUCAGCGAGGAGCGCAUGCGUGUCGAGCAGGAAGGGUCCCAAAGAAGGAGGGGGGUUGCGCACGAGUACGAGAAGUUUCGUCAGGAGUACGGGCUCUUUGAGGCAGAGCGACAGCGGUUGGCGAAUCCGCAGCUCGCAGCGGAAACCACGGUGGACCUCAACGUUGGAGGUACGAUCUUUGAGACGACACGGUCCACGUUGGUCCAGCAGCAAGGCAGCUUUCUCGAAACCCUGUUGUCCGGACGGUAUCAGAUUAGCCGCGACCGCUACGGUCGGAUCUUCUUAAACCGCGAUCCGGAACAUUUCAGGACAAUCCUCAACUUCUUGCGCAACCCGCAGACCCCUCCCAUGCCUCGGGACUCCGCUGAGUCAGAAGCUCUGAUCCAGGAGGCGACCUACUAUGGCGUACACUUUUUCCCCUUCCCGUUAGUCUUCGCGGCGG